GGGAGAGGUUGCCAAUGGUUCGACCCCAACGGGUUCUUCCACUGCAUGCAAUAUUUGAUUUGCCCUAUGGUGCUAGGUGGGCUUGUGCACAUAACUGGGCCGACUCUAGCAGAUUCACUCUUCGCAUUUAUAGGGACCAAUUUGACCGAUUAAGCGAGUCGGAGUUUGAAUGGACACCUUACCCGCUUACUAGUCUUCCAGCUUUUUGCACUCAUGCAUUUGAUCUGUGGGUAACUAAAGCUCCACUUAUUUAUUGUUCAUAUUUUGAGGCAUACUAUCCUGGUAGAUUUUGUCGUCAAUUCGGUGCAGUCCAGGAUAUACCUAGGAG